AUGUUCUAUGAUCUCAACGUUCCUUACAGUCCGGAUGAUCCCGAGAUCUCCGCGACCCUAAACUUUCUCGCCGAACUCGGUUACACAACAGUCGCUCUCUCCCAGAGUCUCAGUGGGAAACUCCCUCCUAAUCCGACGCCCCCGUCCACGCCACCCAAUGUACCAAAGGGCCUGACGCUAUUGACCCGCAUGAACCUGACCGUGUCGGACCCGGCGCAGAACCAACGCCUCACCAGCCUGGCGCAGGUCUACGAUCUGGUGGCCCUUCGCCCAACCACAGAGAAGGCCCUCCUGAAUGCGUGUACCAGUAUGGAAUGCGACGUGAUUUCGCUUGAUCUCUCCGUGCGACUGCCGUACCACUUCAAGUUCAAGAUGCUUUCGGCCGCUAUCGCACGUGGUGUCCGCUUUGAGAUCUGUUAUGGUCCCGGGGUCACUGGCAACGGACUUGAGGCGCGACGGAAUUUGAUCGGAAAUGCCAUGGCGUUGAUCCGUGCAACACGCGGGCGGGGCAUCAUCGUGUCAAGUGAAGCCCGAAGAGCGCUGGGGGUUAGGGCGCCAUGGGAUGUGAUCAACCUGGCGUGUGUCUGGGGGUUAUCACAGGAGCGUGGGAAAGAGGCCAUCUGUGAGGAAGCGAGGAAAACAACUGCGCUGGCGAGGUUGAAACGGACCAGUUGGCGGGGAAUCAUCGACGUUGUGGAUGGUGGAGAGAAGCCGAAACCGAAGCCGGAAAAGCUACCGCUCAAUCAGAAGAAAACCGCCUCCAAAACAAAAGAAGCUCCCAACCUCGAAGGUAAUGGGGACAGCUUGAAGAGGAAAGCAUCUAUCGGGUCCGAGGUAGUCGUCGAAGAGGUCGAGAAGCCUUUAUCUAAGCGGGAGUUGAAACGCAGAGCUAAGAAGGCUCGGGUGGAAGCUGCCGGUGGAGAGGACGGAACGCUCGCAAAUACUUAA